GUCUCGAAUUCAUUAUUGGUGGCUUAGAUGAUUCUGAAGUAAUCGAGAAAGCGGCCGCGAAUGCCGAUAUUGUCAUCAGUGCGUCUCCAUGGCUACGACGCUACUUUUCUCCACCCAUCUCGCGCGCAUCUCUGACCCUAUGACCAAUAGAUACCGCAGACGCAGACCACUUGGGAGCCAUCAAGGCAAUUACUCGUGGCCUUGAGCGUGGAGGCUCAUCCGCUUCUUCUAAGCCGCACUUCUUCAUCCAUACUUCUGGCGUUGCCCUACUUUUUGACACUCCGCCUGCUGGAGUUGCCAGCCCAAAGAUCUGGGACGACGUGGCGGACAUUGAGGAGAUUACCAAUGCGCCGGAUACCGCUAUGCAUGCUGUUGCCGAUAAGCUGGUCCUAUCCGCAUCAUCACCCACCGUCAAAACCGCAAUCAUAAGCCCCGGCGGCGUCUACGGGGUCGGCAUUUCCCCCUUCCACCGUAAUACGCUGAUCGUACCGUGGUUCGUCGACGGGGCGCGCAAGACCGGCGACGUAUUCGUCACCAACCAAGGCGCCAAUAUCUUCACUUUUGUCCACGUCAGCGAUCUUGCGGACCUGUACGUUCUUCUCGCCGGUCGCGCCAUUGCGGAGCUCGAAACCGGAACGGACAGUCCCCAGGGCACCUGGGGACCAAAGGCGUAUUACUUUGGCGCGGCAGAAGAAUCGAGUGCCGCGGAGGCGGCAAAAGUGCGAGCGACCGUCCUGAAACAGCUCGGUGUCGUAAAGACCGAUGAGGUCAAAAGCCGGACCGUGCAGGAGGCAACCGAUCUCGUUGGACCGCUGUUGACGAUUGUCGGAUCCACGAAUGCGCGCGCGACGAGUACGCGUGCGAAAACACUUUUGGGAUGGAAUCCCAAGGGAAAAUUGACGUUUGAAGGGACAAAGAAGGAGUAUGAAAAGUAUUUGGAGUUGGAGAAGGCACGGAAGGGAACUGCCUAGACGAGGCAUUGACGAUUAGUGGUGACACUAUUACAACGAACAUGCCAUGAUUCUUCGAGGCACUCAUUUGAAUUACUCCAAUGAUAUCGUAUUGUCGUGAAUUCAUAGCCGUAGUAAAUUGUUAUUGUUCAUUGCUAUUUUCAUGGCUUCCCUUUUACCAUUUUGAUGCAAGUCCAGAUUACAACGCCAGCAGCCAAAUAGCCCAGCCAGGAGUAUUUCAACAGAUGAUACAGCAGAAGAAUAAAAGAGAGAGAGAGAGAGAGAGAGAGAGAGAGAGAGAGAG